AUUAAUUAAUUAUUUUUCGCAUUUCGUAUAAAUAAAUAUAUAUAAAUAUCUAGGAACAAAUGGAACAAGUGUGUAUAUGUGUGAUUUGAGAUUCUGCGUGAAACAAUAAUAAACAAAAAACUUAAAAAAAAACAAAAUAAAUCCGACCGCCAACAUUGUUAAAUUAACUAAUAAUAUUAAUAACUGAAAUAAUAAUAUAAAUAAUUCCAUUUUAGAAUUGGAUAAUUGAAUAAAAAACAUAACAUGGACGAAUCAUAUAUAAUAGAACAAGCGAAAAAGUUUAAAGCGAUCGAUAUCGCAUCGGCAAAAGCAUGGAUUAUUACGGCGAAAACACUGUAUCCCAAUAACUUCAACGUGCAGUACCAGGCAUAUCAGAUAGAAAAAGAGGGAAACAAUUUUGAAGAAGCAGCGAAAUGUUUUAGUUAUAUAAUUCUGAAUGUACAGCAUCCAAAUGUUCAAAUACUCGAGGAAGAAAUUAGCGAAUUAACAAAUGCGCUUAAGAAUGAAAAUGAGAUAACGUCGCAGCAGGAAUUCUACGUGAAAAUGUUUCAGCAUGUUUCCUACGAAGUACAACACAAAAUCCUCAUGAUGACGGUCAAUAACACUGAAAAUAGUUUGAAUCAAUGUAAGCUGUUAUUGCUGGUUUUUAAGCGUUUCCCACAGGCGGCUGUAACCCAUUCGCCCCGGCUUUUGGAAAUGAUUGCCGAUGGGAUGAAGCAAAAUCCACAAAAAUAUCAGGAAAUGUUGGUUGAGGAAGCAUUACCAUUAAUAUACCACAAGACACCAGAUCUAGCAACCAAUCCAAAUUUAGUAUGCCGACUUUUUACCAUAUCCCUAGAAUACUACAUUCGACAAAUUUUGGACGAAGUUAAAUGUGAUACUAACGAUAUAUGGAAAAAAAUAUUUCAAGUAUUGAUGCUAUGCGGUAAAAUACAGCGAUGGGAAGCAUUUUUGCCUUUUAACAAAUCUUGGGGACAGAAUGUUUACUGGGAUAAACUUAUUGAAAUUGUUUCGACAAGUCCAGCAGGAAGUAAUCAAGUGCUUUUUUAUGCCACAACACUGUUCAUUUAUUCGUUGCAUUGCUACAUUAAAAAUUGUAAUACGCGCCCUGAAGAAGUGGAAAUUAAUCACGUUUUAGUUGAGGGAUUUAGCGAUUGGAAAGUUGAGCGUUUAGACCCACAAAUGGAGCCGCCACAGAUAUCUCUCACGACACCAACAAGUAAAGAAAUCUCCAAAGCUUUUGUCCAUGCUGCGCAAUGUUGGCAAUUGCUCAAUACAGAACAAUUUCAGAGAGAAUUCAGUAAACUGCUUUUAACUCUGCCUCUAUCACCAUGGAUUUCCAGAUUCCUCUUCGAUUUAGCAAUCUAUUUUGGUCAUCAAGAAGAAGCCAAGAAGCUAAUGCUUGAGAUGACUAUAAAAAGUAGUUUGGUACACCAUAUUUUGAAGUUGGGGCUAAACUUGCUUCAAGGGAAACUUUCGUUUGAAGGUUUUGAAUGUAUACUGAAAAUAUUAGCUGAGCUUCCCUCAACUUCGGGGCAGUUUUUGGAACAUUUGACAUUGAAAGUGCCCCGACACAAUUUUAUACCCCUGACACAGAAAGCAUUAUUGCAGUACUGUUGUAAAGCGAUAGUUUCCAACUUAUGUCGUCGUAUUUAUGAACCGAACUGUCCUGACGAGAUUUUGGGUGAUUUGCUAAUUUUAGUACAACUUGAGUACCCGAGGGAAAAAGAACUGGCAGAACAAAUAUUCUCCAUUAUAGCGACCAGAAGAAAUUUUACGUUCCAUAAUUUCUCAAGUUUCAUUGUAACUGUUGACUUUAUUGAGGAAUUUAUGGCAAUAUGGAAUUCACAUAAUGAAGAUUUCAACUUGGAUCUUACGCCGUCCGAUGUAAACGCUGCAACAACAACCCGACGGACCCGAUGUACCGACAAGGGGGCACGAGAUGAUACUCGAAUUAUUCUAAAACAACAGCUUUCACGUUGCAAUGAAAAUAUAGUCUUACUUUUAGCAAAUUUUAUAAGUCAAGAGCAAAUGCGUUUGAUGCAUUCUUUAUUUGAUGUUGAAAUGAACCAGUUUUAAUUUUUCUAAAUUAUUAACUAUAUUUGUCAAUAUAAAUAAUAACUAAAUUAUCUAAACAAUAAUAAAAACAGAUGUGUGCCUCAA